AUGAACAAUCAUUGGCAAUAUGGAUUGCCUAACUCAACCGCCAGGAUAGACGACGAACAAGGCCGGCAGAGCUUCAGUUACUGGGGCUGCCCUGCUUGGUCUGAGAACGCCCUCUACGCGUCUAUACCAUGGCUUGGGAUUGGAGGCACAACGCUCCCAGCAUACGCCUCAUCCCCAUCCUCAUCUUGUACCUUCUACCCUUCCUCCUCCGUUACCGUCUAUCCUUCUUCCUCCGCUACCACCGUCUCAGAAACGCAGCAGCAACUACCAAUCAAAGAAUCGCAUCUUAAUGCCGUCUUUGAGAGUGCGCAGCCCGCAGAGUUGAAGCGUGAGGUGGAAACGGAUCACAAUCGUCGGUCCUCGAUAAGCUUGCAGGUGGAUGAAUUGAUCAGCGCUCUGAUGCCUUUGCCUCAGAGUGCUUCGUCUUCUGGGACCGAAGCUGGAACGGAUUUCUGUGCGGUUGAGAGCUUUGAGAGGCCCGAGGCUGCCCUCAGCUCUCCGCGUCUUGAUUCGUUGAAUAUCAAUGAGAUUACCUCCAGUCAAGCCAUUUUCUACUUUGGUGUCCUAGCCAUCCAGUCGCUGCUCCUCCCCAGGUUCCACUACAGUAAGGAUCAUGGUGGUAAGAAAUGGGCGUGUACUCUGACAAUGUACGGACGUACAAUUGUACGGUCCUUUCUUUUCGAGACCCAGAUGGAGGCUAGGAUUGAGGUAUGUUGGGAAGCUCUAAAGGGACUGCAAUCUCAGUUUCCAGGUUGGCUUGUUCCGUAUGAGCCCGAAGGGGGUUCCAACAGUCCUGGCUGGAAUUGGGUUGAGCUUUUGCAGGAUUACUGCGUUCAGAACGGUCUGCGCAAUCCGCAGUAUACACAGUAUAUCCACGAGGGCAACUAUCGCCACGAGGUCGAGGUGGAGGGUGGUUCUUUUUUCGGGUUGCAGAAACAGUGCCCUGAUGCCCUGAGCUCGAAAAAUGCAGCAGCACAUAUGGCUUUGCAUGUGUUGCUCGUAUAUGGGAACAGCGUGCUAGACUUCCCUGGGCCUUUUACUAUGAAGAUGUCCAGAGAAAGUUUGUUUGCACACGUCCCCAAGUUUCCAUCAAGGGCGUGCGCCAUCAGCUCUAGUCCAGAGUCUCCAGACCGGCGCGGGGCUAUAAAAAAGAAACAAAGAACCAGGAGCCACCACAAGAAGCUAUCGCCCCGAAAGAACGCAAACUUGCUACCUCUCACUGAGAGCAAGCUCCCUGAUCUCGAGAUGAACCCUGUGAAGGAGAAGCGACGAUGGAAUAUCUCUCCAAGUGAGCUUCAGAAUCGGCUGAAGAACUUACCCACUCCAUUUGCGCGACUCAAAAAAGCCUGCCGACUCUUGUCAUUGCAGCCUCCAGAAAUUCGCAUUACACGUCUUGAUGGCUGCCCAGUCGAUACGGAAGGUGAAUACAGGACAUCUGCUCAUUUUAAAGGCGACCCAUUCCUCACCCGUGCCGGCGCUAUUGGUUCCACCAAAGGCCAGAGAGCGAGCAAAGCGGCGGCUAAGGAGUUAUGUGCGGCUGAGGUGGUUAGAUACCUGAUCAAGAUGGUCAGCGAGGAUACCGAAUUGGAGGAGGAGGAAGCUGCGAAACGCGAACAGCCCAAGCACUGGCAGGAGAAUACCCUCAGGAUGUAUGCGAGCCAGGGGUUUGUGGGAUGUUGA